AUGACGACAAACGGCGAUGCUGGUCGAGCAUCUGGCAGCUUGGUCGAUGCAUCGGGCUACAAAUUCACCGAGAAGGAUACCAAGCCGGGCAAGAUGAAGGUCAAAAAGACCGCCAAAGCCUCGACGAAGAAGAAAGCAGACGAUUCCAAGGAUGGCCCUACCGACGCCUCACCCACCUCCUCCCCUCUCCCCAAACUAGACGACAAAGUCGCAGCCUCAUUCCCGACCGGCAAACCCCGCGAGGAAGACCUCCUCGAAACAGUGAUUUGCAAGCACUGCAAACGCCCCGUCCUCAAAUCCACGGCCCCGGAACACAUCCGCGGCUGCCUCAAGGCUAAACAAGAGAAAGCGCGCAAGAAGAAAGAAGCACGCGACGCGGCCAACCGCGCCAAGGUCACCGACGGUAAGGACGACGAUGACCUGCGCGAUAAAUUUGACGGCGAGGACGCCAUGAAGGGGCAGAAGAGUGCCAAGAAGAGCGCUGUGAAGGGGACUACGGACGAUAGUACGAAGAAGGGCAAGAAGCGCAAGGCCGACGAGGAUGAUAACAAGGAGCCGAAGAAAAAGAAGAAGAAGGAUGAGCCGAAGGCCAAGGCUGCGAAGCCCAAGGGUCCUGUUGAUGUCGAGAAGCAGUGUGGUGUGACUCUUCCCAAUGGUGCGCAGUGUGCACGCUCGUUGACUUGCAAGAGUCAUUCCAUGGGUGCCAAGCGUGCUGUGCCUGGUCGGUCGCUGCCAUAUGAUAUGUUGCUGCAGCAGUAUCAGAAGAAAAACCAGGCCAAGCAGCAGAGAGCCGCAAUCGACGCCAACGCCCCUCUCCCCGAAGACAUCGACACCAACGGACCCAUCGACUCAGACGAAGAACGCGACACCGUCAUGGCAGCAGUCGCCCGGUCCCACCCCAGACCCAUCACCGAACACACCCUCGUCAGCACAAAAUCCAAAUACCGCAUCGUCCGCAUCAAAGAACAAAUGCUACACGCCAUGGGCGGCCGAGGCGGCGCCGGACUAUUCUCCACAGACGAGAGCCAGCCCAUAUUCGGCGGUAACCUUUUCCAAGCCUUUGAUAACGACAUGAACACAUCUUCUUCACCGGUGAUUCCUACCGGUGAAGCUGGGGGUGGCUCAGCCGGCGAUGGAGCUACGAAAACGCCUGUGCAGGGGACUCGGAAGACGCCCGUUGCGGCGGCCUCGUGA